AUGGAGCGGAAACGAAUGAGAAUGGAGUUGAAGAAAAAGUUAUCAACCCUAUUUCAUCAUGGACGCUUAAAAUCCCAGGAUUUCCGACAGCCGGGGGGAGGCGUCACGGCCCGACCCCCAUCGCCGGUCCUCACUCGGUUGCCAGUCCUCGCUCGGUCGCCGGUCCUCACUCGGUCGCCAGUCCUCACCGAGUUGCCCUUUUGCCUCGCCUCGUUCCUCGUCGGGAUGGACGUCCUGCUCUCCCUCUUCUCACUUCUCCUCCUCGGCUGGAAGGGGCAAGGAAAAGCCGAGCAGUUGGUGGAACUCGUCGGCUCGGACUCGACGGGGUCCCCCCCGACCGGCACGGAAUUCCCCCCGACCGGCACGGAACUCCCGGAAUUCCCCUCGACCCACGGCGACAACUGCACCGACCGGGCCAGGAGCAUCUUCGACUCCUGGAGUCCCCGAAACGCCAAGAUCGUCGGGGGAUCCGUCGCUCCCUACGGCCAAUAUCCCUGGCAGAUACCCAUCGUGGACCGAGUGAAGGUCACCGACGGACGGGAAUGA